AUGCCCCCGACCUUUGCCUCGCAGCCGUCCUACAAAUCGGGACAUCGAGGGCUCGACGUCUUCUCACCGGUCGACCAGAAUGGGAGCUUCUGCUUCGACCGUGUGAUCAAAAGCGGGAAAGUACAUCGAAGGGUCAAAAACAAAGGAGCCUGGAAGCCGUCAUGGAAGCCGGCGUACCUUGUGCUCCGGCCGAACCUCUUGUCUGUUUACCAAAACCCUGAGGAGACCGAUCUCAAAGCUUCCAUCACCUUGUCAGAAGUCACGGCUGUUGCACGCGUUCGAAAAGCCCACACCGAGCAUGUUUUCGGCGUUUUCUCCCCUUCAAAGAACUAUCAUUUUCGAGGCAUGUCCGAAGCAGACACCGAGGAUUGGAUCAUGCAUAUCCGAUUAGAAGCAAGGACUGACGAAGAUGAUGACUUGGACCUUACGGCCCCGCAACUCUCGAGUAGGGCCGGUGACCUGUCCAACACUUAUGAGUCUACCGAUAUAUCAGCAGAUGAGAUGCAUCGUGCUCCCGGUUCGCCUGAAGGACAAUCAAGAGCGAUCCAGAACAGACCCAGAAAUGGGUCACUGCUAGCAAACAGGCAAAGGCGGCCAUCCAAUCUUCAGGAGUACUCUGGAAACGAACAAUACACAACGUCACACUCCGACUUCUCAGAUACGUUGGGAAGUUCGCUACCAAAAAAUUCCUCUUCAUCGCUCUCGAAACAACAACCGGCUCUGACACCGAUUGCCUCAUCACAGCAACUCACUGGCAAGGUGGAAACAAAGGGAAACGCACAACUGCCCCAACCAGCACCACACUCUGACGCCGCCAGCGAUCCGGAACGGGUGGUUCGGCAAGGCCAUCUACAAAUUCUGAAAUCCCACAAGACCGGUGUCAAAGGGUGGAAAUGGAUCUGGGUCGUGCUCCGUUCACGAAGCCUCUCCUUCUACAAGAACGAAGCGGAAUAUGCGGCCGUGAAGAUCCUGCCGAUGCACUCGAUUGUCAACGCCGCCGAAAUCGACCCCAUCAGCAAAACCAAAAAUUUCUGCUUCCAGAUCAUCACCGAUGAUAAGACGUAUAGAUUUUGUGCUCCGGAUGAGGAAGAUUUGGAUAAAUGGCUGGGUGCACUGAAGAGUGUGUUGAGCAAGCGUAACGAAGUGGAGAAGGCGCUGGCUGCAAAGGCGAAAGAGAAAGAAAGGGAGAAAGGAAAAGGCAAGGUUAACUUGGAAGGCGCCGCUUCAUUGCUCCAACGAGCCGGCCAGCAAGCGGUGUGA